CCCAGCCAAACAUCAUUCUCAUAAAAAAAGGUCUUCGAUGUGGUUUCUACUUUGCCUUUGGGAGGCCUUAUGAUGAAAGUAUUUCGUAUUCUUAUCGCCAUUUUUGACCUCCGCCACACGAGAACGGAUAUACCAAUAUGCCUCCUGCUUUUGAGUAAGCCCCUCUAAAAGACGUUUCAAGCUCGAUACACUCAUUGUAGCUAUCUGCCGAAAUUGGUCUUCUUUUAGCUUCAGAGAGAGCAACCUCUAUUUUUGCAAUCUCUUUACCCAAUUCAUCAAAUUUCAUUGCAUUCCAAAACUUUAAUCCGACAGCAACUAGCGCAAGCUUAUCCAUCACCCCUCCCAUCAUUUCUCCCCUCCAAGCGUCUCGAAUGACCUGCUCACAAGAAUCAUCAAGGAGCCAGUAGGUCUCAAAUUUAAAAGCCUUCCUUUUCUUCUUUUUUAUUUUCUCGCGUUUUAAUUUCAGCACAAGAGCGGAGUGGUCAGACUUCACAUGAACCAAAUGUUCCACCUCAGCAGUAGGAAACAAAUCGAUUCAGGGAGAAGAUGCAAGGCAGCGGUCUAGCCUUUCACAUACUCGAGUAGCAGGAGUUAACCCGCGUUCCCACGUAUACCACACACCCUUAAAGCCCAAAUCUCGUAGCUGACAGUCAUCAAUCAUCUCUCGAAAAGGCACCAUUUCUCUUCUAACAGUGUUAGCUCCCCCUUCCUUCUCUUCGUAUCAGAGGAUUUCAUUGAAAUCCCCACCAAUAAGGAUCGGACUAAUAACACACCCUUCGCACAGAUGCCUCACCAAAGUCUAGGUGGUGUUUAUUAUCAGUUUCAGGCCAUCCAUAAAUGCCCACGAACCUCCAACUCACGCCACCACUAAUCACAUCCCACUGAUAUGGUUUUGAGAAUAAGAGAUUAAGUUAAAAGUAACUUUAUCCCCUCUCUAAUAAAGACACAGCCCACCUGCUCUCCCUCUACUCGCAAUACCAAGUGCAUUCGAACAACCGAACCUAUCCUUAACAUUUUCAGCCUCUGCUUUAUUAAUUUUUGUUUUCGAAAGAAAUAUAUAUCGCGGGUAAAAUCAAGGCUCCACUUGCGAAGCCGCCGAACUGCACAAGGAUUACAUAUCCCUCGACAAUUCCAGAAUAUGAGACUCAUAAUGAUUGGCGGGGUUAGUCCUCGCCAACCGCUGCCAUAAUAUAGUCAGAAGAAUCGUGAUAAGCAAUCUUAGAGCGGUUAUUUAUAUUUGCCCCUUCAUUAUAUUAGCCCCAUUAGAGUCCUCCUCCCAGCCCCUUUUUUGAAGUAAACUCUUCUCACCACCAUCAGCUAUUUUGUUAAUUUUCCUUACCACUUGCUCAUGUUAGUUCUCACGAACUGGGAGUAGAGCAUCAGCCUUGACAACAACUAUUCCACUACCAUCAGACACACCUGCAUUCUUUUGAACUCUUCUACUCUUUAAAGUAACCUGACAUUUCCUAGGAAAAGUUUGAUUAUCCUAUCUUCCCACAGCAAAAACGCAAAGCAUCCCCCACCACAUUUGAGAAAUUAGCAGCCUCCCCCAUUGUGGUAUUCUCUAGGUGAUCAUCUUCUCUGACUAGCUCACUACCCGAGGCUAUAGUAGCCUGUUAAGGAUAACUUUCGGGUCAUCCUUGGUGACAAACAAAGAUUUUUGCAAGUUGGGAGGUCUUGGAGUUUUUCCACAUCCUUCAUUCUCCUCUACCUAGGUGAAGCUCGCAGCCAAGUUCCCUAGGCUAGCCCACCUUUCUUCUCCUCCUAGGAAACAUAUGAACAAUCCUUGGCCCAUGAUCCCACACGCAAAACAGAAUAAAGGCAAACGUUCAUACGCAAAUUCAAUCAAAACUUCUUUUCCUUUAUUAUCAAGAAUUUUUUGAAAUAUUCUCAGGGGUUUAGUUACAUCAAUCAUCACCCUAGCCCUCCCAAAGUGGUCUAAACCCAAACAUCUUCUUCUAUCUCAAUUAACUCUCCCAUUCCAGCUACAAUAACACGAACAUGCUCAUUAGAGCGACACUUAAAGGGCAGCCUCUUAAUUCGUAGCCAGAAAGGGGACUUAGAGAGCACAACUUGUUCCAACUGCUCAUCGCCUUCAAAAGACAAUUUGCCCACAAGAAGCAAAUCAAGAUUAUCCAUAUAUUUGUUAACUUAGGGCUAAUCCGGAUUUGGAAAUCAGUUCUAGAUGGUUAUGUUUCAAUCCCCUCCCGAUUGUUGUUGUGGGGAAUCGAACGUGAAUCUUCCCUACCAAGUGUAGUCCCAAUCACCGCUACACCAACAUCUGAUUGGUAUUAACCUCAUUAGUUCAGUCCCUCUUAGGCUCUUACUGGUACUCUCCCUUCCUCUUUCUCCUCCGCGAUUCUUCCUCCUUUUCUGAUUUCGUACAUCAUCAACACGGUUCUCUCCGGCACUCUUCGUUUUCGUCGUAUUUCAGUUUGGGAUCACAGUUAUACAUCAGGAAUUUCCCAACAAAUUUAUCCCGAGACCCCUAACGGCAAAAUUGCUAGGUUGCAGCACGGCAUUAUCAACAAACAUACUGCUGGCAAAUUCAAAGAAGAUGGAGACGAAGGUGAGAUUCUUCGGCGGCAGGGGAAUUUACCGUUACAGCUGAAUUGUACAAAAAAAAAAGAGUGAGUCUGGGAAUUCAAUUGCUUAUUUCUAUUGAAUUUACUAUAUUGGUUUUUGCAUUUACUCGUGUAAUUCGCUAAAAUGUCGGUGGUUUCGCUGCUUGAUUUGGGUUGUGAGAAGAAUAUAUUAUCUCAUCAAGAAGAUAUUCAUCCAGUAGUGGUUUAUGACGAUCCGUCGGAUCAGAGAUCGUUAUCACUAGAUGAUAUAAGUAGCGCUGAUGAUUCGCCUAAUGAAACUUGCCUUUCUUUAGAACUUACAAAUGAGGUUGUUCCUUAUAUUGGCCAGAGAUUUACUUCACAUGAUUCUGCUUAUGAAUUUUAUAGUGAAUUUGCUAAGAGAUGUGGGUUUUCGAUUCGUCGUCAUCGGACUGAAGGAAAGGAUGGUGUUGGGAAAGGUUUAACUAGACGGUACUUCGUUUGCCACCGUGCUGGCAAUACCCCGGUCAAAGUAGCUAAUGAGAAUAAGCCCCAAAGAAAUAGGAAAUCUUCACGUUGUGGGUGUCAAGCAUACUUGAGGAUUAACAAGACAACUGAAUUGGGUAUUUCUGAAUGGCGUGUAACUGGUUUUGUUGAUCACCAUAAUCACGAUUUGUUGGAACCUAAUCAGGUUCGUUUCUUGCCUGCUUACCGGAAUAUAUCGGAAAAUGAUAAAAGCCGAAUUUUUAUGUAUGCCAAGACGGGAAUUUCUGUGCAGCAGAUGAUGAAGCUGUUGGAGCUAGAAAAAUGUGUAGAACCUGGGUUCCUUCCGUUUACAGAGAAGGAUGUUCGGAACUUAAUUCAGUCAUUUAGGAAAUUGGAUCCAGAAGAGGACAGUAUAGACCUCCUGAAAAUGUGCAGUAACAUUAAGGAAAAGGACCAUAAUUUUAGAUUUGAGUACACUUUGGAUUUGAACAACAAUCUAGAGAAUAUUGCGUGGUCUUAUGCUUCAUCAGUUGAAGCAUAUGGGAUGUUUGGUGAUGCAGUUGUCUUUGAUACUACACAUCGAUUGACUGCUUUUGAUAUGCCUCUUGGAAUAUGGAUUGGAAUAAAUAAUUAUGGAAUGCCUUGUUUCUUUAGCUGUGUACUUUUGCGUGAGGAAAAUUUGAGGUCAUUAUCAUGGGCUUUAAAGGUAUUUUUAGGCUUCAUGAAUGGAAAGGCUCCACAUACAAUAUUGACCGAUCAAAAUAUGUGCCUAAAAGAAGCAGUGACAGCGGAGAUGCCUACCACUAAACAUGCGUUGUGCAUAUGGCUCAUUGUAGCAAAGUUCCCCUCUUGGUUUAAUUCUGUCCUUGGGGAACGAUACAAUGAGUGGAAAGAAGAGUUCUAUCGACUCUAUAACUUAGAGUCCAUUGAUGAGUUUGAGUUGGGUUGGAGAGAUAUGAUUUAUUCUUUUGGUUUGCCCUCUAACAAACAUAUUGCCAAUUUGUUUGCCUUGAGGUCACUUUGGGCCGUAUCAUACUUAAGAAGCCAUUUCAUGGCUGGAUUGACUACUACUGGCCAAUCAAAGUCAAUUAAUGCUUUUAUCCAACGUUUUCUUAGCGCUCAAACUCGGCUUGCUCAUUUUGUGGAACAAGUUGCUGUAGCUGUUGAUUUUAAAGAUCAGGCCGGUGAGCAACGAACAAUGCAACAGAAUUUACAAAAUAUUAACCUGAAAACUGGAGCACCAAUGGAAGCCCAUGCUGCCUCAGUCCUCACACCCUUUGCAUUCAUCAAACUUCAGGAGCAACUUGUUCUGGCUGCCCACUAUGCUUCUUUCCAGAUGGAAGAUGGUUUUCUUGUGCGACACCACACUAAACUCCAAGGUGGCCGGAAAGUGUACUGGGACCUACAACUAGGUAUCAUUAGUUGUAGCUGUGAUCAGUUUGAAUUCUCAGGUAUCCUAUGUCGGCAUGCCCUCCGAGUUCUUUCGACUGGAAAUUGCUUUCAGAUUCCUGAAAGAUAUCUUCCUCAGAGAUGGCGACGAUUUAAUUCAUCUGCCUUGAAGCCCCAGAGCACCCUUACUGACCAUGGAGAAAAAGUUAAACGGUUGCAGAGCAUGGUAUCUACCUUGGUUUCAGAGUCGUCCAAGUCAAAGGAACGCUUAGAUUUGGCAACUGAGCAAGUAUCUGUUCUUUUGUCACAGAUCAAGGAUCAGCCGAUUUCAACCUCAUUCGUCUCAAGAGGUGCUACCGUGCACAGAUGUUUUUAGCUAAACAUGUACAAUAUGGGUUUCAUUUUUCCCGUAUUAUUGAACACAGUAAGGAAUCAGUUGUUUAAAGGCAAGAAUUGCCUCAAGGGGUCUGAUUUGAAAGCCCACUUUAGUAAGGGUUGCUAAGCUAGAGAGUAUAAAUAUGUUUGGAGGACAGUAGAUCCUGCCUGGUUCCUAUUUUUGUGGUUGCAGAGUAUUUCUGUAUGUAUUUCCUUUGUAUCUAAUUGUGUUGUAUGCUGUUUUGCAUCAGCUACUGUCAUAUUGUUUGUAAAUCCGUAACCUUUAAAAAGUUUGAAGUCAAUAACUGUCCUUUUGAA